AUGGAGGCUGGUGUUGACUACAGGGAAGGGAGUGUCCAUAUGGAGGCUGGUGUUGACUACAGGAAGGGAGUGUCCAUAUGGAGGCUGGUGUUGACUACAGGGAAGGGAGUGUCCAUAUGGAGGCUGGUGUUGACUACAGGGAAGGGAGUGUCCAUAUGGAGGCUGGUGUUGACUACAGGGAAGGGAGUGUCCAUAUGGAGGCUGGUGUUGACUACAGGGAAGGGAGUGUCCAUAUGGAGGCUGGUGUUGACUACAGGGAAGGGAGUGUCCAUAUGGAGACUGGUGUUGACUACAGGGAAGGGAGUGUCCAUAUGGAGGCUGGUGUUGACUACAGGGAAGGGAGUGUCCAUAUGGAGGCUGGUGUUUGACUACAGGGAAGGGAGUGUCCAUAUGGAGGCGUUUGGUGUGUUGACUACAGGGAAGGGAGUGUCCAUAUGGAGGCUGGUUUUGUGUUGUGUUGACUACAGGGAAGGGAGUGUCCAUAUGGAGGCUGGUUUUGUGUUGUGUUGACUACAGGGAAGGGAGUGUCCAUAUGGAGGCUGGUUUUGUGUUGUGUUGACUACAGGGAAGGGAGUGUCCAUAUGGAGGCUGGUUUUGUGUUGUGUUGACUACAGGGAAGGGAGUGUCCAUAUGGAGGCUGGUUUUGUGUUGUGUUGACUACAGGGAAGGGAGUGUCCAUAUGGAGGCUGGUUUUGUGUUGUGUUGACUACAGGGAAGGGAGUGUCCAUAUGGAGGCUGGUUUUUGUGUUGUGUUGACUACAGGGAAGGGAGUGUCCAUAUGGAGGCUGGUUUUGGUGUUGACUACAUGGGAAGGGAAGUGUCCAUAUGGAGGCUGGGGUGUUGUGUUGACUACAUGGAAGGGAGUGUCCAUAUGGAGGCUGGUGUUGACUACAGGGAAGGGAGUGUCCAUAUGGAGGCUGGUUUUGUGUUGUGUUGACUACAGGGAAGGGAGUGUCCAUAUGGAGGCUGGUUUUGUGUUGUGUUGUGUACAGGGAAGGGAGUGUCCAUAUAGAGGCUGGUUUUGUGUUGUGUUGUGUUGUGUACAGGGAAGGGAGUGUCCAUAUGGAGGCUGGUUUUGUGUUGUGUUGACUACAGGGAAGGGAGUGUCCAUAUGGAGGCUGGUGUUGUGUUGACUACAGGGAAGGGAGUGUCCAUAUGGAGGCUGGUUUUGUGUUCACUACAGGGAAGGGAGUGUCCAUAUGGAGGCUGGUGUUGACUACAGGGAAGGGAGUGUCCAUAUGGAGGCUGGUGUUGACUACAGGGAAGGGAGUGUCCAUAUGGAGGCUGGUGUUGUUGACUACAGGGAAGGGAGUGUCCAAUUGGAGGCUGGCUUUGUAUAUCAUAUGGUUAUAUAGGAUUAGUCAUCAGACUAGGAUUGACAGAUAUUUGGCUAACGAGACAGUAUGUUGACGCACUACAAAUGUCUAAUUAGCUUCAAAUGACUGUUACAUCAGCUAUAUUUAUCAGUUGAGAAUAGACAUGAUAGAGUUAAGUAAUUUUGUGAUGGUUGAAGCCAGUCAUGCAUGCAGUGUUUCUUCUCCCAGGGUUUUCAGCCUAUAGGCUGUCUCCCAGAUGACACCCUAUUCCCUAUAUAGUGCACUACUUUUGACCAGAUCCUUAUGGGGACCUCAUGAAAAGUAGUGCAACAAAUAAAGAAUAAGGUUAUAUUGGGGGAUGCAGCCAUAUAGGCCUGGGAGAGCACAGCUAUUUAACCAGUUGAUGGACCACAGCCGUUGAAACAUUACAUGGACCACAGCCGUUGAACCAGUUGACGGACCACAGCGGUUGAACCAGUUGAUGCACUAUGAACCCAACAGGUUAUGAUGCACUAUGAACCCAACAGGUUAUGAUGCACUAUGAACCCAACAGGUUAUGAUGCACUAUGAACCCAACAGGUUAUGAUGCACUAUGAACCCAACAGGUUAUGAUGCACUAUGAACCCAACAGGUUAUGAUGCACUAGGAACCCAACAGGUUAUGUGGCGAUGCGCUUUACAUAGGAAUCCCCUGCUUGGCUGAUGCUACAUCACUACCUCAGGGCUCUUACCCUAUUCCCUACCGUUGACCAGGGCCCAUAGACGUUCUCCUGUUAAAACGAGUCACAGCCUGUUAUCUCUUUAGUUUACACUGUCGGCCUCAUUCCAGUCUGAACAUUUACUUUGUUUUCUCAUUCUGUGUCCUAAGUGACUUUCACAUCAUCCUAUGAUGACUAGGUAGGUGAAUGCAGCAAUAUGACUGACACAUUAGCUAAGGAAUCUGUAGGAAACUACACCUAAUGUAGAAUCACUUACAGUGGGGAGAAAAAAAAGUAUUUAGUCAGCCACCAAUUGUGCAAGUUCUCCCACUUAAAAAGAUGAGAGAGGCCUGUAAUUUUCAUCAUAGGUACACGUCAACUAUGACAGACAAAUUGAGGAAAAAAAAUCCAGAAAAUCACAUUGUAGGAUUUUUAAUGAAUUUAUUUGCAAAUUAUGGUGGAAAAUAAGUAUUUGGUCACCUACAAACAAGCAAGAUUUCUGGCUCUCACAGACCUGUAACUUCUUCUUUAAGAGGCUCCUCUGUCCUCCACUCGUUACCUUUAUUAAUGGCACCUGUUUGAACUUGUUAUCAGUAUAAAAGACCUGUCCACAACCUCAAACAGUCACACUCCAAACUCCACUAUGGCCAAGACCAAAGAGCUGUCAAAGGACACCAGAAGCAAAAUUGUAGACCUGCACCAGGCUGGGAAGACUGAAUCUGCAAUAGGUAAGCAGCUUGGUUUGAAGAAAUCAACUGUGGGAGCAAUUAUUAGGAAAUGGAAGACAUACAAGACCACUGAUAAUCUCCCUCGAUCUGGGGCUCCACGCAAGAUCUCACCCCGUGGGGUCAAAAUGAUCACAAGAACGGUGAGCAAAAAUCCCAGAACCACACGGGGGGACCUAGUGAAUGACCUGCAGAGAGCUGGGACCAAAGUAACAAAGCCUACCAUCAGUAACACACUACGCCGCCAGGGACUCAAAUCCUGCAGUGCCAGACGUGUCCCCCUGCUUAAGCCAGUACAUGUCCAGGCCCGUCUGAAGUUUGCUAGAGUGCAUUUGGAUGAUCCAGAAGACGAUUGGGAGAAUGUCAUAUGGUCAGAUGAAACCAAAAUAGAACUUUUUGGUAAAACUCAACUCGUCGUGUUUGGAGGACAAAGAAUGCUGAGUUGCAUCCAAAGAACACCAUAUCUACUGUGAAGCAUGGGGGUGGAAACAUCAUGCUUUGGGGCUGUUUUUCUGCAAAGGGACCAGGACGACUGAUCCGUGUAAAGGAAAGAAUGAAUGGGGCCAUGUAUCGUGAGAUUUUGAGUGAAAACCUCCUUCCAUCAGCAAGGGCAUUGAAGAUGAAACGUGGCUGGGUCUUUCAGCAUGACAAUGAUCCCAAACACACCUCCCGGGCAACGAAUGAGUGGCUUCGUAAGAUGCAUUUCAAGGUCCUGGAGUGGCCUAGCCAGUCUCCAGAUCUCAACCCCAUAGAACAUCUUUGGAGGGAGUUGAAAGUCCGUGUUGCCCAGCGAUAGCCCCAAAACAUCACUGCUCUAGAGGAGAUCUGCAUGGAGGAAUGGGCCAAAAUACCAGCAACAGUGUGUGAAAACCUUGUGAAGACUUACAGAAAACGUUUGACCUGUGUCAUUGCCAACAAAGGGUAUAUAACAAAGUAUUGAGAAACUUUUGUUAUUGACCAAAUACUUAUUUUCCACCAUAAUUUGCAAAUAAAUUCAUUACAAAUCCUACAAUGUGAUUUUCUGGAUUUUUUUUUUCUCGUUUUGUCUGUCAUAGUUGACGUGUACCUAUGAUGAAAAUUACAGGCCUCUCUCAUCUUUUUAAGUGGGAGAACUUGCACAAUUGGUGGCUGACUAAAUACUUUUCCCCCCCACUGUAGCUAGUAUAGAGUUUUCUGCCAUAUUUCUUUACCCCCUCAUAUUAAGGGUUAGCCAAAAAUGUUCUGCUACAUUGAAGGUCCCCAAGAACACAGUGGCUUCCAUCAUUCUUAAAUGGAAGAAGUUUGGAACCACCAAGAGUCUUCCUAGAACUGGCCGCCUGGCCAAACUGAGCAAUCGGGGGAGAAGGGCCUUGGUCAGGGAGGUGACCAAGAACCCGAUGGUCACUCUAACAGCGCUCCAGAGUUCCUCUGUGGAGAUGGGAGAACCUUCCAGAAGGACAACCAUCUCUGCAGCACUCCACCAGUCAGGGCUUUAUGGUAGAGUGGCCAGAUGGAAGCCACUCCUCAGUAAAAAGCACAUGACAGCCCGCUUGGAGUUUGCCAAAAGGUACCUAAAUGACUCUGACCAUGAGAAACAAGAUUCUCUGGUCUGAUGAAACCAAGAUUGAACUCUUUGGCCUGACUGUCAAGCGUCACAUCUGGAGGAAUCCUGGCACCAUUCCUACGGUGAAGCAUGGUGGUGGCAGCAUCAUGCUGUGGGGAUGUUUUUCAGCGGCAGGGACUGGGAGACUAGUCGGGAUCGAGGGAAAGAUGAACGGGGCAAAGUACAGAGAGAUCCUUGAUGAAAACCUGCUCCAGAGCGCUCAGGAACUUAGACUGGGGUGAAGUUUCACCUUCCAACAGGACAACGACCCUAAGCACACAGCCAAGACAACGCAGGAGUUGCUUCGGGACAAGUCUCUGAAUGUCCUUGAGUGGCCCAGCCAGAGCCCGGACUUGAACCCGAUCGAACAUCUCUGGAGAGACCUGAAAAUAGCUGUGCAGCGACGCUCCCCAUCCAACCUGACAGAGCUUGAGAGGAUCUGCAGAGAAGAAUGGGAGAAACUUGCUUGUAGCGUCAUACCCAAGAAGACUCGAGGCUGUAAUCGCUGCCAAAGCUGCUUCAACAAAGUACUGAGUGAAGGGUCUGAAUAGUAAAUGUGAUUGCAGUUCUUUCUGUUUAAUACAUUUGCAAACAUUUCUAAAAACCUGUUUUUGCUUUGUCAUUAUGGGGUAUUGUGUGUAGAUUUAACCCAUUUUAGAAUAAGUCUGUAAUGUAACAGUAUUUUGUAAAAAGGUCAAGGGGUCUGAAUAUUUUCUGAAUGCACUCAGACCCUUCACUUUAUUUAGGACCCACGAAUGGGUGUUGGGCCACGCCCACUGACUUGUAUUCCUCCAGCAGCCUAGAUAUUGUUUCCCCCCUCUUCCUUUCACUCCCUUGUUCUCUCUGUGCCGUCAGUGGGGUUUUGUAUUCAGGGGGGUUUAUGGUGGAGGGAGGGAGUUUCCCUCUCUGGUGGAUAGAGAAACAUUUACUGCGCCAGACUCCGGACUAGUUAACACACCGUACCAGAGAUGUAGACCAGUCUGUGUCUGUUUCACUCCUUCUUCCACUCUCUUUACGGAGUUUGUCAACUUUAAGCCUGCUCUGUAUCACUUGUGUAAUAGAGGCAUGUUUCACUGUCUGUCUAUCAGACUACUGUUCUUUGUUUCCCCUAGGGGGUUUUUCAGCAGCGGUGGAAAAGUUAGCGUGGGGGGGGGGGGAGUCUAACAGUGAUUGUUUGUUCUCAAAGAUGAUAUUAUUUAUAAAUAUAUACCUCCAUUAUAUUUUCUACAUACUUUAUAUCUGAUUUUAGUCUUAACUUUACACUGAAAACGUUUACCGUCCCCCCAAAUUGUUAUAAAAUUAAUAAUAUAACAUGCUGUGUGUGAGACUGUAAUGAUGUGCAGUGUGUAUGUAAGUGUGAGACUGACUGUUUCUGUGUCUAGGUGGCCAACCUGGCGUGCUCCAUCUCUAAUAAUGAGGAGGGAGUGAAGCUGGUCCGUAUGGCUGCUUCCCAGCUGGAGACACUCUGCCCCCAGGUACCUGCCGGUCUCUCUACCCACUCACUCACUCUCUCCUUCCUCUCCUCUUCUCUACCGAUUUCUCCUUCCUCUCCCGGUCUCCCACUCUCUCUACCCAGCUCUCCUCCUACCCAGCACUCCUUCUACCCAGCUCCCCUUCCUCUUUGCCCCUCUCCCAUCUCCAUUGCCUCUCAGCUCAUCCCCAACCUUCAGGUACUUCCCAGCUGCAAAACCUGCAUCCCCUGCCCCCACCCUUCAGCCCCUGCCCCCACCCUUCAGCCCCUGCCCCCACCCUUCAGCCCCUUUCUACUACCCAACCUCCAGCUCCAUAGCCCUGCCAAGCUGCCAACACUUCACACCUCCAGCCCCCCCAUCCCUCUUCCCACAUCCCUGCCAGUUUUACUUCCUCAUCCAACCUCCAGCCACAUAACCUGCCAACACGUAACCCCUUUAAGGCCCCUUCUCUCCCCUCAGCUGUGCCAGCCCUACAGCUAGCCAACCCCCCCACCACGCCAGCCUAUAGCUAGCCAACCCCCCACCACGCCAGCCUAUAGCUAGCCAACCCCCCACCACGCCAGCCUAUAGCUAGCCAACCCCCCACCACGCCAGCCUGUAACUCCACCAGUCAUAUUGCUGAAACCUCCAGUGCCUAGAGGCUAAGGGUUGGUUUGGGAAUCAAAGAUGGCUCUGCCAACCUUCAUUCCAUCCUACCUACAGCCCUUCCAGUUCCCAGUUGAGAGGCAAGAUCUCAUCUGACUUUCAGGAUCCUUCAAUUCAAAGUCCCAUUAACCAGCUCAGCAAACCUUAUGUCAAAAUACGUUCGGUACUCACCAGAAUAUAGAGUUUCGCAGAGCAACCGUCGUCAUUACUGCCGUUACGCACAUCACUUAAUUCCCAAAAGGUAUCUAAAUGAAAUCCACCUUCAGCUCCUCCAGUAAAAUCACUAACUACUGUCACACACUGAUCGGCUGAUCCAGCAGCGGUACAGGUCGGCUGAUCCGGCAGCGGUACAGGUCGGCUGAUCCGGCAGUAGCGGUACAGGUCGGCUGAUCCGGCAGUAACAGUACAGGUCGGCUGAUCCGGCAGUAGCGGUACAGGUCGGCUGAUCCGGCAGUAGCGGUACAGGUCGGCUGAUCCGGCAGUAGCGGUACAGGUCGGCUGAUCCGGCAGUAGCGGUACAGGUCGGCUGAUCCGGCAGUAGCGGUACAGGUCGGCUGAUCCGGCAGUAGCGGUACAGGUCUGCUGAUCCGGCAGUAGCGGUACAGGUCUGCUGAUCCGGCAGUAGCGGUACAGGUCUGCUGAUCCGGCAGUAGCGGUACAGGUCUGCUGAUCCGGCAGCAGCGGUACAGGUCGGCUGAUCCGGCAGCAGCGGUACAGGUCGGCUGAUCCGGCAGCAGCGGUACAGGUCGGCUGAUCCGGCAGCAGCGGUACAGGUCGGCUGAUCCGGCAGCAGCGGUACAGGUCGGCUGAUCCGGCAGCAGCGGUACAGGUCGGCUGAUCCGGCAGCAGCGGUACAGGUCGGCUGAUCCGGCAGUAGCGGUAACAGGUCGGCUGAUCCGCAGUAGCGGUACAGGUCUGGCUGAUCCGGCAGUAGCGGUACAGGUCGGCUGACCGGCAGUAGGCGGUACAGGUCUGGCUGAUCCGGCAGUAGCGGUACAGGUCUGCUGAUCCGGCAUAGCGGUACAGGUCUGCUGAUCGCGCAGCAGCGGUACAGGUCGGCUGAUCCGGCAGCAGCGGUACAGGUCGGCUGAUCCGGCAGCAGCGGUACAGGUCGGCUGAUCCGGCAGCAGCGGUACAGGUCGGCUGAUCCGGCAGCAGCGGUACAGGUCGGCUGAUCCGGCAGCAGCGGUACAGGUCGGCUGAUCCGGCAGCAGCGGUACAGGUCGGCUGAUCCGGCAGCAGCGGUACAGGUCGGCUGAUCCGGCAGCAGUACAGUGUCCCGAAAGAUCAUUGAUUUACAUUUUAAUUGAGACCUUUUUUGGAAGUAAAUAUGGAGCGUAACAGCAGUAAUGAUGAUAGUUGGUGAGUACAGAGCGUAUUUUCACAUAAUAUUUGCAGAGCUGGUUAAUGGGACUUUGAAUUGAAGGAUCCUGGGCGUCAGAUGAGAUCUCGUCAAAUGAAUCAAGCCCAGGUACUGGUUCAUCUCUAGCCUUGCCAACAUCCACCCCCUCAUCCUUAUACCCCUAGCUCAGUCAGCCUCAGCUCAGUCCCUCAUCUACCUAUACCAUUAGCCCUCUCCUGAAAUAGAUCUCUAACCUACAAUUCUUCUGGUUAAAUAAAUGCUUAAAUGAAAGCAAUAAUAGCCAUGCCAUGGCUGCCCACCUACAGUAUUACAUCUCUAUUCAACCAAGCCUUGUCCCUCAAACCCUAAUCCUAAGCCCUGCCAACCCUCUCCUUUCCAGUCUGCCUCUCUCUCUCUCCCCUCCCCCUCUCUCCCCUCCCCCUCCCCCCCUCCCCCCCCUUUUCCCCCCCCCCCCCCCCCUCCUCUCCCCCCCCCCCUCUCCCCCCCUUCCUCUUCCCUCCCCCUCUCUCCCCCCCCCUCUCUCCCCCCCCCUUCCUCCUCCCCCCCCUCCCCCCCCCCCCCCUCUCUCUCCCCCCCUCUCUCCCCCCUCUCCCCCCCCCCCCCCCCUCUUUUCCCCCCCUCUCUUCCCCCCCCCUCCCCCCCCCUUCUCCCCCCCCUCUCUCCCCCCCCUCCCCCCCCCCCCCCCUCUCUCUCCCUUUCCCCCUCCUUUUUCCCUUUUUUUUUUCCUUUCCCACUCUCUCCCCCCUUCCUUCCCCCUUCUCUUUUUUCCCCUUUUUUGGCCUCCCCCUCCUCCUUUUCCCCCCCCUUUUUCCCGGGAAAACCCCUUUUUUUUCCCCCCUCCCCUUCCUUAAUCCCCCAAAUUUUCCCCCAAAAAAAAAUGGAAAACUUUCACCCCUUUUGUAAACCUCACCACAAAUGCCCCUUUUACCCCCCGGGGUUUUGGGGGGUGGGGGGGGCCUUCCCCGGGGGGGGCAGGGUGGGGGGUUUUUAAAUUUCUUUGGGGGUUUCCCGGGGUUUUUUGGCUGGGGGAACAUUUUCCCCCCUGGGCUUUUAAAGGUUUUCCCCCCGCCCCGGUUUUAAAAAACCCCGGGGGGGUUUUGCGGGGAAACGGUUUUUUUCUUUCUUUGUUUGCUUAAAACAAUUUUUUUUUCUUCCCCCCUUUUUACCCCUCUUUGGGGAAAUUCCCCCUUUUUUAAACCCUUUUUUAUUUUUAAAACUCAACUUUCCAAACUAAAAAAAAACUUUUUCAAAAAAUUUAAAAUUUUUCCCAAAAAAGGGGGGCCCCCAAAAAAAAUUUGCCCCCGAAUUUUUUUUUCUUUUUGGGGGUUUUUCCCCCUGGGGGGAAAAAAGGAAAAAAUUUUUUUUUUGGGCCCCCUUUUUUCAAUUUUGGGGGAAAAGGGGAAAGGGAAAACUCUCCCUUAAACGUCUCUCUGCUCGCUCUCUUCGUCUUUCGUCUCUCUCUCUCUCUCUCUCUCUCUCUCACAGUGCUGACUCUUUAAUAUCACCUAAUGCUUCCAUUCAUCCUCAGCGUUAGUCUCACCACAUGUAUUUCCCCAAGAAAACAAGCUGUUUCUCAUUCACUCCAUUCACCCUUUUUCCCAGUUAAUCACUCCUACUCAUCAAUUAGCCCCCAUACAAACACUGUUGUGAAUACUGUUGCCAAAACACAGUGGGUGGGGGGUAUUCCAGGUCACAACACAAUCAGCCCUAUGCUAAUGUUGUUGUGGCUGUGUGUGGGGGUGUAUGUGUUGGUCUGUCUGUGAGUGUGCUGGUCUGAGGCGCUAAUCUGGUCUUUAGUAUAAGGAAUGUGUAAUGCAUCUAAUCCAUCUAAUGCUGUAGUAAUUGGUGUAACAGGUGAUUAAUGCAGCUCUGGCGCUAGCUGCGAAGCCCAACAGUAAGGUUGCUCAGGACAACAUGGACCUCUUCAAAGACUCCUGGGAGAAACAGGUCCGCGUCCUCACUGAUGCCGUCGAUGACAUCACUAGCAUCGACGACUUCCUCUGUGUGUCCGGUAAGUGGGAGCGGGCGGAGCUUUCUUUUCAGGGUUAAUCUCAUUUGCAUGUGCUAAUGAAAACAGUCUUCUGGUAAAUGCAAAGGUUUUCCCAAAAACCUUCUCAGUUAAUGAACUACAAAGUGGCCUAUACUUAGCUGGCAAAAUCAUAUCAUGAUUAUUUUCAUCAAUCCAGUUGGUAUUUGUUUCCCAAAACUCUACCAACAUGUGCUACAAAAACACAGCUAAACAACAACCUAUUGCUAGGUGCACAAUGCAAUUACAUUUCCAAAAGAUUUUCCCAGACCUCAACAGGGGUCUCCUGAUAAUGGUUAAAGCGUUGUUGUGGACUUAGAACUUCCACUUGAGUUGUUCUAUUUAUAAAGGGUGAUUUGAGAGCGAAAACCUGGAGAAAAACAAAACGGGAAAACGGAAACCUAGAAAAACAAUAUGGACAAAACAGAUUUUUUUCCCAAUUUGGGGGAAAAACGGAAUCAGGCAAAGAAAUUCAGAUUUUAUAGUGUUCUAAGAGUCUUAAUUGGACACCAUAGCAAAACGUUUUGAAAUCAAACAAUAAUUUGUUACUGGACAAGUUCUGGUAGUGCCUCCCGUUAGCUUCCAAUUGGUUCCUAGUGAAUACACCCCUGGUGAGGAAGGAAGGGUUCCUAGUGAAUAUACCCCUGGUGAGGAAGGAAGGGUUCCUAGUGAAUACACCCCUGGUGAGGAAGGAAGGAAGAGUGUUAAUUAGCCUCAUGUCUGUAGAUGGUAGACACUGUUUAGAUAUAUUUGCUCCUUUAGUGUUGAGUCGUGUUAAGCAUAGACUGAGCUGUGGAGAAUAGCGCUAUUAGUCUUCUCUAAUGUAACACAGCCGCCUGAUUUGGCUUCCUGCCUCAGCCAGACAGGAGCACAGAGGAUGCUUCCCAAAUAGCACCCUAUUCCCUAUAUAGUGCAAUACUUUUGACCAGAGCCCCUCGGGAGAAGCUCAAACCGCUCUGGUCAAAAGUAGUUCACUAUGUAGCGAAAGGGGUGCUAUUUGGGACUGCUGGAUGCUGAGCUGAGAGAAUUGACAUCCUGUCAUGUACAGGGCUCUACAGUGCGACCAUUUUACUUACAUGUGCAACUAAAUAUUUUGCUGUGCGACCCAGAAUUUGUAUUUAGAAGCACCAGUGCGCCUAGAAAAAAAUAAGGAUUCUAGCGUUAAUAUCUAAAAUAUAUUUUUCAUUGUGCUCCUAACUGUCUUUGUGUGAGCCUACAUUUUUCAACUUAGGCACGCACGUGCUCCUUGUAAAAUAGGUCAGCGUAGAGCCCUGAUGUAUGUAAAGACUAUGGAACAAACUGCUAGUCUUGUCAGGUUGUGGUGACAGGUAACUUAGUGGUUAAGAGCGUUGUGCCAGUAACCGAAAGGUCGCUGGUUCUAAUCCCCGAGCCGACUAGGUGUAAAAUCUGUCGGUGCCCUUAAGCAAGGCACUUAACCCUAAUUGCUCAUGUAUGUCGCUCUGGAUAAGAGCGUCUGCUAAAUGACUAAAAAUGUAAAUGUAAAAUGUGGCGAAGCAUUGAGAUAGCUGGGCCUUAAACAGGCCUCAUUAUGCAGUAAACACGGUGACUCCUCUCACCUCCAAACCGAGGACACACUGACGAGGCCCAAAUGGUUCCCACAUUGGGGCCAUACGGUGGGUAGUGCACUAUAUAGGGAAUAGGGUUCCAUUUGGGACGCCCACUCAGACUGGCUGGUUGCUUUACACAGAGAGACAUAAGCAAGCUGAUAGGAUGAGAGGACGGCUCUUCCGUUAAUAGGGAGUAGCCGUUUGUCGUCUCCCCCCCCCCCCGUGUUAAUCCAGGGACGAUGCUAACACAUCCGCCAUGAAGGAUGAAGAUUUCUCUCUUUUAAACAUCACUCUGUUACCGCAGACGCUGCCUGUCCAUGUCACCGGGACUGUGUAGGUAACCAAGUAAAAAAAUAUAAUAACAUUACCUCUCAUCUUGUCUCGCAUAAAGAGGGUGAAAGCAGGAUUCUUGUAGCUCGUCUGGCAGACCGUGUCCCCCCAAACAAACACUUUAGAGUUUCAGUAGGAUUGUCCGCUACCUAUGGAGUUAGUUUUAACCAUGACACUUUCUGAUGCUUCUGCUUGUUCUGUAGGAGUUGAGAUUCAGAACCCAGUUUUUUUUAUAAUAGGCUCUAUAUGAAUAAACAUUGGUUGAUUUUUGUAUCUUCCCUUCCAGAGAACCACAUUCUGGAGGACGUGAACAAGUGUGUGAUAGCACUGCAGGAGAAGGAUGUGGACGGGCUGGACCGUACGGCCGGGGCCAUCCGGGGCCGCGCUGCCAGAGUGGUCCAUGUGGUCACAUGUGAGAUGGACAACUAUGAACCUGGAGUCUACACAGAGAAGGUUCUGGAGGCCACCAAGCUACUCACUAACACAGGUAACAUCUCUCUCUCUCUUUCUCUGAUCACAUUUUCUUUCUAUCUCCUCUUCUUCUCUCUCUGCUAGUGACCGACACAGGUAACAGAUAGUCCGGCAUAUCUCUUGUAUUUUCUUAUUCUCUCCAUCUAAUACACUACCAGUCAAAAGUUUGGACACACACCUACUCAUUCAAGGGUUUUUCUUUAUUUUUUACUGUUUUCUACAUUGUAGAAUAAUAGUGAAGACAUCAAAACUAUGAAAUAACACAUAUGGAAUCAUGUAGUAACCAAAAAAUAGUUAAACAAAUCAAAAUAUAUUUUAUAUUUGAGAUUCUUCAAAUAGCCACCCUUUGCCUUGAUGACAGGUUUGCAAACUCUUGGCAUUCUCUGAACCAGCUUCAUGAGGUAGUCACCUGGAAUGCAUUUCAAUUAACAGGUGUGCCUGUUUCUUCAAGUGCAGUCUCAAAAACCAUCAAGCACUAUGAUGAAACUGGCUCUCAUGAGGACCGCCACAGGAAUGGAAGACCCAGAGUUACCUCUGCUGCAGAGGAUAAGUUCAUUAGAGUUACCAGCCUCAGAAAUUGCAGCCCAAAAAAUUGCUUCACAGAGUUCAAGUAACAGACACAUCUCAACAUCAACUGUUCAGAGGAGACUGUGUGAAUCAGGCCUUCAUGGUCGAAUUGCUGCAAAUUAACCACUACUAAAGAAACCAGUACUAUAUCUCCCCUACCUUGUCACAACACAACUGAUUGGCUCAAACACAUUUAGAAUGAAAUAAAUUCCACAAAUUAACUUUUAAGAAUGCACACCUGUUAAUUGAAAUGCAUUCCAGGUGACUACCUGAUGAAGCUGGUUGAGAGAAUGCCAAGCGUGUGCAAAGCUGUCAUCAAGGCAAAAUGGUGGCUACUUUGAAGAUUAUCAAAUAUAUUUUCAUUUGUUUAAUGCUUUUUUGGUUACUACAUGAUUCCAUAUGUGUUAUUUCAUAGUUUUGAUUUCUUCACUAUUAUUCUACAAUGUAGAAAAUAGUAAAAAUAUGAAUGAGUAGGUGUGCCCAAACUUUUGACUGGUACUGUAUUUAUAUGAUAUUCUCUCACCGACCGUCAUUGUCUUUUUCUUUCUCUGUUGGUUGUCUUUACCUCUGUCUAUACCAGUGGUACAGGUAUCAGAGAGGGUGAGAGAGGGAUCAGGCUAAACCAACCACCUAAUACUUUUAUAGAUUGACUGCUGGGUUGAGUUUCUCAAUCACACAACACACCCCCUGCUCCCUCUAUUUCUCUCCUCUAUCUCUCCCUACCUCCUCUCCCUCGCUCCUGCUCUCUCCUCUCCUUACCUUGCCCCCCUCCCCUGAUCCCUCCUCUCUCAAACAUUCUCCUCCAUGAAAGCUUUCUGUAAUCACUACAGCUAGCUAGGCCCUCCCCUGAUCCCUCCUCUCUCAAACAUUCUCCUCCAUGAAAGCUUUCUGUAAUCACUACAGCUAGCUAGGCCCUCCCCUGAUCCCUCCUCUCUCAAACAUUCUCCUCCAUGAAAGCUUUCUGUAAUCACUACAGCUAGCUAGGCCCUCCCCUGAUCCCUCCUCUCUCAAACAUUCUCCUCCAUGAAAAGCUUUCUGUAAUCACUACAGCUAGCUAGGCCCUCCCCUGAUCCCUCCUCUCUCAAACAUUCUCCUCCAUGAAAGCUUUCUGUAAUCACUACAGCUAACUAGGCCCUCCCCUGAUCCCUCCUCUCUCAAACAUUCUCCUCAUGAAAGCUUUCUGUAAUCACUACAGCUAGCUAGGCCCUCCCUGAUCCCUCCUCUCUCAAACCAUUCUCCUCCAUGAAAGCUUUCUGUAAUCACUACAGCUAGCUAGGCCCUCCCCUGAUCCCUCCUCUCUCAAACAUUCUCCUCCAUGAAAGCUUUCUGUAAUCACUACAGCUAGCUAGGCCUUCAUUAGCUUUCUGUAAUCACUACAGCUAGCUAGGCCUUCAUUAGCUUUCUGUAAUCACUACAGCUAGCUAGGCCUUCAUUAGCUUUCUGUAAUCACUACAGCUAGCUAGGCCUUCAUUAGCUUUCUGUAAUCACUACAGCGAGCUAGGCCUUCAUUAGCUUUCUGUAAUCACUACAGCUAGCUAGGCCUUCAUUAGCUUUCUGUAAUCACUACAGCUAGCUAGGCCUUCAUUAGCUUUCUGUAAUCACUACAGCUAGCUAGGCCUUCAUUAGCUUUCUGUAAUCACUACAGCUAGCUAGGCCUUCAUUAGCUUUCUGUAAUCACUACAGCUAGCUAGGCCUUCAUUAGCUUUCUGUAAUCACUACAGCUAGCUAGGCCUUCAUUAGCUUUCUGUAAUCACUACAGCUAGCUAGGCCUUCAUUAGCUUUCUGUAAUCACUACAGCUAGCUAGGCCUUCAUUAGCUUUCUGUAAUCACUACAGCUAGCUAGGCCUUCAUUAGCUUUCUGUAAUCACUACAGCUAGCUAGGCCUUCAUUAGCUUUCUGUAAUCACUACAGCUAGCUAGGCCUUCAUUAGCUUUCUGUAAUCACUACAGCUAGCUAGGCCUUCAUUAGCUUUCUGUAAUCAGCUAGCUAGGCCUUCAUUAGCUUUCUGUAAUCACUACAGCUAGCUAGGCCUUCAUUAACUAUUCAAAGGCCAGUCAGGUUUGUUUUUCAGGAUUAAAACCAACAAUCUUUGUUUCUUUAUUGGGGAGGCAGAGUUUAGCUAGUUGUGAUCUUUAUAAAGGAGCUCAUUGAUAUUCAUUGCAAAUGUUGAGGCCUCUUGUGACUGAGUGAGUGACUGUGUGAGUGACUAUCUAUGUGUGUUUGAGUGUGUGUAUUGGUCUAUGUCAUAGCACCCUUUGAUGGUCCUGUCACCUUGGGGUCUGUAUCAAAUGGAGGAUUAGAGGGGGACUGGGAACUGAGGCACCACAGCUCCAAAUAAGCUCCCUGCACACUUGGGAUGAGUCCCAAAUGGCUCCCUAUGUCCUAUAUAGUGCACUACUUAAAACAACAAAAACAAGAGUGGACUCCAUAUUGUGGAUUCGGUCAUGUUCUAUGUUGGUGCUGCUGCUCACACCCACACACUGAGCUGGAGACGAUGGGUAUUCGUCUCAGCUCAGCUGUCUGAGCCUGCUUUUGGUCUUUAUGAUCACUUGGCUAUGGAGCUAUGGGCUGGUUAGCAUCUUAGCUAUGGGCUGGGUAGCCUGUUGGCUAGGGGCUGGGUAGCAUUUUAGCUAUGGGCUGGGUAGCAUUUUAGCUAUGGGCUGGGGAGCAUGUUAGCUAUGGGCUGGGGAGCAUGUUAGCUAUGGGCUGGGGAGCAUGUUAGCUAUGGGCUGGGGAGCCUGUUGGCUAGGGGCUGGGUAGCAUGUUGGCUAGGGGCUGGGUAGCAUCUUAGCUAUGGGCUGGGUAGCCUGUUGGCUAGGGGCUGGGUAGCAUUUUAGCUAUGGGCUGGGUAGCAUUUUAGCUAUAGGCUGGGGAGCAUGUUAGCUAUGGGCUGGGGAGCAUCUUAGCUAGGGGCUGGGAGGCAUCUUAGCUAUGGGCUGGGUAGCCUGUUGGGUAGGGGCUGGGGAGCAUCUUAGCUAGGGGCCUGGGAGCAUCUUAGCUAUGGGCUGGGGAGUGUCUUAGCUAUGGGCUGGGUAGCAUCUUAGCUAUGGGCUGGGUAGCAUCUUAGCUAGGGGCUGGGUAGCAUCUUAGCUAGGGGCUGGGUAGCAUCUUAGCUAGGGGCUGGGGAGCAUCUUAGCUAGGGGCUGGGUAGCAUCUUAGCUAGGGGCUGGGUAGCAUCUUAGCUAUGGGCUGGGUAGCCUGUUGGCUAGGGGCUGGGUAGCAUCUUAGCUAUGGGCUGGGUAGCCUGUUGGCUAGGGGCUGGGUAGCAUCUUAGUUAGGGGCUGGGUAGCCUGUUGGCUAGGGGCUGGGUAGCCUGUUGGCUAGGGGCUGGGUAGCCUGUUGGCUAGGGGCUGGGUAGCCUGUUGGCUAGGGGCUGGGUAGCCUGUUGGCUAGGGGCUGGGUAGCCUGUUGGCUAGGGGCUGGGUAGCCUGUUGUUAGUGACGGGCUGGGUUGCAUGUUAGCUACAGUAUGGUUUUGGCCUACACGGAGUCAGACCUGUCAUUCUGUAUCAUGGGGUUUUCUGCUGUUUUCACACUUAUUUACUGUGUACAAUAGAUACAGCAUUACACAUUUGACAUCCCACCCCUUGGUUCUCCCACCUUCUCCAGUCAUGCCUAGGUUCACAGAGCAGGUGGAGGCAGCGGUAGAGGCUCUGAGUGCAAACCCCACCCUCCCCGUUGAUGAGAACGAGUUCAUCGACGCCUCCCGUCUGAUCUACGAUGGAGUCCGUGACAUCCGCAAGGCCGUGCUCAUGAUCAGGGUGAGUACACAGUAGACUCUACUCUGUCUGCACUAUUUCAGUCUCUCCUUCACUUAAAUGGCUUAUGGUAGAGAAAUGAAUAUUAUAUUACAGUGAAUUACUGCUUGGCGAUGGUCUUGUAGCCCAUUCCAGCCUUGUGUAGGUCUACAAUCUUGUCCCUGACAUCCUUGGAGAGCUCUUUGGUCUUGGCCAUGGUGGAGAGUUUGGAAUCUGAUUGAUUGAUUGCUUCUGUGGACAGGUGUCUUUUAUACAGGUAACAAACUGAGAUUAGGAGCACUCCCUUUAAGAGUGUUCUCCUAAUCUCAGCUCGUUACCUGUAUAAAAGACACCUGGGAGCCAGAAAUCUUUCUGAUUGAGAGGGGGGUCAAAAUCAAUUUAUAACAUUUUUGACAUGCGUUUUUCUGGAUUUUGUUGUUGUUAUUCUGUCUCUCACUGUUCAAAUAAACCUACCAUUAAAAUUAUAGACUGACCAUGUCUUUGUCAGUGGGCAAACGUACAAAAUCAGCAGGGGAUCAAAUACUUUUUGUCCUCACUGUAUCUGGCAACAGCUCUGGUGGACAUUCCUGCAGUCAGCAUGCCAAUUGCAUGUUCCCUCAAAACUUCAGACAUCUGUGUCAUUGUGUUGUGACAAAACUGCACAUUUUAGAGUGUGUGAGCGUGUGUGUGUGUGAGCGUGUGUGUGUCUGAGCGUGUGUGUGUCUGAGCGUGUGUGUGUCUGAGCGUGUGUGUGUGUGAGCGUGUGUAUGUGUGAGCGUGAGCCCGUGUGUGUGUGCGUGAGCCCGUGUGUGUGAGCCCGUGUGUGUGUGUGAGCGUGUGUGAGCGUGUGUGAGCGUGUGUGAGCCUGUGUGAGCGUGUGUGAGCCCGUGUGUGUGUGUGCACUUUUAGGGAAUUAGGCUGUGUGCAGUGAAGUGUGAACUCAAAUAGCUGAUGCUCUCUGCACCAUAUGUUUUUAAUUUCAUUAGUGUGUGUGUGGUGGGGGGGGGUUAUUCAUACAUUAUUUUAUGAAACAUAUAAUUUGGCCUUAAUGCUAUUAGCCCAUAGAAACGCAUUGAAUACCAUAUUCAUAAAUGGAAAAACAGAUAGUCCCAAAAAGUUAUCAAAAGGAAGUUUUUCUAUCCUGUAUCUGAGAGACAUAAGAAAUAAAUAUUUUUUGGGCAGCUUCAUUAAAUAGUACCCGCAAAACACCAGUCUCAACGUCAACAGUGAAGAGGCGACUCCGGGAUGCUGACCUUCUAGUUGCAAAGAAAAAGCCAUAUCUCAGACUGGCCAAUAAAAAUAAAAGAUUAAAAUGGGCAGUCGGAGAUAUGGCUUUUUCUUUGCAACUCUGCCUAGAAGGUCAGCAUCCCGGAGUCGCCUCUUCACUGUUGACGUUGAGACUGGUGUUUUGUGGGUACUAUUUAAUGAAGCUGCCAGUUGAGGACCUGUGAGGCGCCUGUUUCUCAAACUAGACACUAAUGUAUUUGUCCUCUUGCUCAGUUGUGCACCGGGGCCUCCCACUCCUCUUUCUAUUCUGGUUAGAGCCAGUUUGCGCUGUUCUGUGAAGGGAGUAGUACACAGCGUUGUACGAGAUCUUCAGUUUCUUGGCAAUUUCUCGCAUGGAAUAGCCUUCAUUUCUCAGAACAAGAAUAGACCUAUGAGUUUUAGAAGAAAGUUCUUUGUUUCUGGCCAUUUUGAGCCUGUAAUCGAACCCACAAUUGCUGAUACUCCAGAUACUCAACUAGUCUCAAGAAGGCCAGUUUUAUUGCUUCUUUAAUCAGCUCAACAGUUUUUAGCUGUGCUAACAUAAUUGCAAAAUGGUUUUCUAAUGAUCAAUUAGCCUUUUAAAAUGAUAAACUUGGAUUAGCAAACACAACGUGCCAUUGGAACACAGGACUGAUGGUUGCUGAUAAUGGGCCUCUGUACGCCUAUGUAGAUAUUCCAUAAAAAAUCAGCCGUUCCCAGCUACAAUAGCCAUUUACAACAUUAACAAUGUCUACACUGUAUUUCUGAUCAAUUUUAUGUUAUUUUAAUGGACAACAUUUUUUAUUUUAUUUCGAAAAGGAAAUGUCUAAGUGACCCCAAACUUUUGAACGGUAGUGUAUGUGUGUGUGUAUAUAUAUAUAUAUAUAUAUAUAUAUAUAUAUAUAUAUAUAUUAUUUUUUAUUAUUUUGGAAAAUUAAUUUCAUUUGUGACCUAUAUAUUUGUUUUAUAGUAAAUGCUUGACAGUCAGGGAUAAUUGUAAAUUCCUUAAAAACAAUGAAUUUAGCGAUAUUGAUGCUGUUAUGUUUGAGCAAAAGAACACAGCGUUAGCCAUGACAAAAUGCAUGGAAUUGCAGGAAAUGUUCUUUAAAACUUCAAAAUUCUGCACCACACCACUAUGCUACUCCACAACCACACCACUCUGCUACACCACUAUGCUACUCCACAACCACACCACUCUGCUACACCACUAUGCUACUCCACAACCACACCACUCUGCUACUCCACAACCACACCACUCUGCUACUCCACAACCACAACCACUAUGCUACUCCACAACCACACCACUCUGCUACUCCACAACCACAACCACUCUGCUACUCCACAACCACACCACUCUGCUACUCCACAACCACACCACUCUGCUACACCACUAUGCUACUCCACAACCACACCACUCUGCUACACCACUAUGCUACUCCACAACCACACCACUCUGCCACACCACUCUGCUACUCCACAACCACACCACUCUGCUACACCACUAUGCUACUCCACAACCACACCACUCUGCUACUCCCCAACCACACCACUCUGCUACUCCCCAACCACACCACUCUGCUACACCACUCUGCUACUCCCCAACCACACCACUCUGCUACUCCCCAACCACACCACUCUGCUACUCCCCAACCACACCACUCUGCUACACCACUCUGCUACUCCCCAACCACACCACUCUGCUACUCCCCAACCACACCACUCUGCUACUCCCCAACCACACCACUCUGCUACUCCCCAACCACACCACUCUGCUACUCCCCAACCACACCACUCUGCUACUCCCACACCACUUGCUACUCCCCAACCACACCACUCUGCUACACUCCUCCCAACCCACACCACUCUGCUACUCCCCAACCACACCACUCUGCUACUCCACUCUGCUACUCCCCAACCACACCACUCUGCUACUCCCCAACCACACCACUCUGCUACUCCCCAACCACACCACUCUGCUACUCCCCAACCACUCCACUCUGCUACUCCCCAACCACUCCACUGUUACAGUAAAUAUAUCCAUGCCAUGUCUGACUCACACAGACCCACAGAACAUGAGACUGUAAGUCAGACAAACUGAACUCUCUAUCACUCUCUGAAACGGCAGGUCCAGAGGGCAUUACGUGCCCCAGCCCUCCCUCCCUCCCUCCCUCCCUCCCUCCCUCGCUCCCUCCCUCCUCCCUCCUCCCUCCCUCCCUCCCUCGCUCCCUCCCUCCCUCCCUCCCUCCCUCGCUCCCUCCCUCCCUCCCUCCCUCCCUCCCUGCAUCCCUCCCUCCCUCCCUCCCUCCCCUCCGCCUCCCUCCCUCCCUCCCUCCCUCCCUCCCUCCCCCUCCCUCCCUCCCUCCCUCCCUCCCUCCCUCCCUCCCCUCCCUCCCUCCCUCCCUCCCUCCCUCCCCCCUCCCUCCCCCUCCCCUCCCUCCCUCCCUCCCUCCCUCCCUCCCAGCGCCCUCCCUCCCUCCCUCCAGGCAGCCCUCCCUCCCUCCCUCCCUCUCCCUCCCCUCCCUCCCUCCCUCCCAGGCCAGCCCUCCCUCCUCCCUCCCUCCCUCCCAGGCAGCCUCCCUCCUCCCUCCCUCCCUCCCUCUCCCUCCCUCCCUCCCUCCCUCCCUCCCUCCCUCCCUCCCUCCCUCCCUCCCUCCCUCCCUCCCAGGCAGUGGGUUUACACCCUCAAUGGGAACAGACAGUUGUGUGGGUCUGGGGCUAUUUAAAGAUGGACAGUCUUUAACCUCUGGAAGUGGAGCUACUCCCAGGCAGCUCCAGCCUGUGUUGGUUACAGCCCGUGUCCGAUGUCCCCUCCCUGGGGUGUCUGACAGAACGACAUGCCCCCUCCUGACCGCCCAUUGGGUCCAAGACGUCACUGGACUGGUAGAGAGGGAGCAAGAGGGAUUCGAGAGGGAGGAAGAGGGAUUAGAGAGGGAGGAAGAGGGAUUAGAGAGGGAGGAAGAGGGACUUUCCACGGACUGA